AUGGCGAGAAAUGCUUUGCUUCAUCUGCUUCGAUCUCAAUCAUCAACGAGCUUCCGUUCAGGUCCUCUCCUGGCCAGAGCCGGUCAACGGGCCCAUGCCAUCAUCCCCAACAACAACAUUGCCCGCCAAACCCGAUUCUUAUCCCGGCCGGACGAAUCCAAAAUUUCGAUUGGGCCACGCAAAGAGUCGUGCGUUGUUGAAGAUGGGGCUGAAGACCAAGAGCCCGGUAGUAUCGUGUACCACGGGCCCAUAUCAAGCACGAUCAAGAAAGUGAAGCUCCUAUCCCUCUCCACCUGCUGCCUCUCGGUCUCGCUGGGCCCCGUCAUCACCUUCAUGACUUCCCCCGACAUGAACGUCAUCCUGAAGGGGGCCGUGGCCUCCACAGUCAUUUUCUUGAGUGCCUCGACAACAGCCGCCCUCCACUGGUUCGUGAGCCCGUACGUGCACCGGCUGAGGUGGCGGCCCGGGUCAGACUCCUUUGAGGUCGAGAUGAUGACGUGGCUGGCCACGUACGCCCCCAGGACCAUCAAGUUUGCGGACAUUAGGCCGCCCGAGACCAACAGGCCCUUCGUGUCGUUCAAGGCCAAUGGGGAUUUCUACUUUGUGGAUGCCGAGCACUGUCAUAACAAGGCCUUGCUGGCGAAGCUGACCCCUUCGAAACAAGGGCGCGAGUCGGCUUUUAAGAACUUGUGA